CGCCCUACCACUGCUUUACACAUUUGCACCUUUGACGCUACACGAGGCCGCUUUGACAAACGAAGCAUGGCUAUGCUCUUCAACAAGCUGACUCAGCAGUUGGGACACCCCAGACAUUCAUUCACUGGCUGGCUGGUAAAAACAGUUCUAGAGAACAUAAAUGAGACCCUAGAGGGAAAUGCAGCAAAACUGGUGCAGAUCCAGCCAGACAGCACAGUCUUGGAAGUGGGCUUUGGACCUGGUUUGGGGCUCCAAAAAGCUAUUCAGUACCUAACCGACUCUAAGGGUAUGCUGUACGGACUUGACUACUCUGAAUACAUUCACAAGGUGGCCAGUAAGCGACUCCAGGAGCAGAGCACCUCUGGAAAGACACAGCUUCUACUGGGCAGUGUGGAGAACAUCCCACUACCAGACUCAAGUGUGGACAGAGUUUUUCAUUGUAACUGUUACUACUACUGGCCAGACCUCAAGACCUGCUCUGCAGAACUUCACAGAGUGAUGAAACCAGUGGCUCAUAUUGCUUGGGUUCCAGUGGGUUUCGGGGAAUACAAUAAUGAGAUCCACAUCAAUGAAUGA